AUAGUUUCCGAUCCCCUCCUCCAGCCUACAAGCUCCACAGAGCGCUGGAGGACGGUUGCUUGGCGUUAUUAGCAAGCGGCAAAUAUGGCGGCGGCGCGCGAGGACGCGGCUUUGCCUCCCGGAGAAGGAUCAGUGGUCAAUUGGUCAGGGCAGGGACUACAGAAAUUAGGUCCGAAUUUACCCUGUGAAGCUGAUAUUCACACUUUGAUACUGGAUAAAAAUCAGAUUAUUAAAUUGGAAAAUCUGGAGAAAUGUAAACGAUUAAUACAGUUAUCAGUGGCUAACAAUCGUCUGGUGCGGAUGAUGGGUGUGGCCAAGCUGACUCAACUCCGGGUAUUAAAUUUGCCUCAUAAUAGCAUUGGCUAUGUGGAAGGGCUAAAGGAACUAGUACAUUUGGAAUGGCUGAAUUUGGCAGGAAAUAAUAUUAAGGCCAUGGAACAAAUCAAUAGCUGCAUAGCUCUACAGCACCUCGAUUUAUCAGACAAUAGCAUAUCGCAGAUAGGUGAUCUAUCUAAAUUGGUAUCCCUGAAGACCCUGCUUUUACAUGGAAACAUCAUCACCUCUCUUAGAAUGGCACCUGCUUAUCUACCCAGAAGUCUUGCUAUACUUUCUUUGGCAGAAAAUGAAAUUCGAGAUUUAAAUGAGAUCUCUUUUUUGGCAUCCUUAACUGAACUGGAACAGUUGUCGAUCAUGAACAAUCCUUGUGUGAUGGCAACACCUUCCAUUCCAGGGUUUGACUAUCGGCCAUUCAUUGUCAGCUGGUGCUUAAAUCUCAGAGUCCUAGAUGGAUAUGUGAUUUCUCAGAAGGAAAGUCUGAAAGCUGAAUGGCUCUAUAGUCAAGGCAAGGGGAGAGCAUAUCGGCCUGGCCAGCACAUCCAGCUUGUCCAGUAUCUGGCUACAGUGUGUCCUCUCACUUCUACACUGGGUCUUCAAACUGAAGAGGAUGCCAAACUAGAGAAGAUUCUGAGCAAACAGAGGUUUCACCAGAGACAACUGAUGAACCAAAGCGAAAACGAAGAGUUGUCUUCUCUUGCUCCUGUUGAAACAAGGGCAUCCCUUAUGCCUGAGCAUUCAAGCCCAGUUCAGGAUUGCCAGAUUGUCCAGGAAAGUGAACCUGUCAUCCAAGUCAAUUCUUGGGUUGGGAUAAGCAGUGAUGAUGAUCAGUUAUAUGCUGUUAAGAAUAAUUUUCCAGCCUCUGUACACGCCACAAGAUAUUCUCGAAAUGACCUGCAUCUGGAAGACAUACAGACAGAUGAGGACAAGUUAAAUUGUAGUCUUCUCUCUUCAGAGUCUACUUUUAUGCCAGUUGCGUCAGGAUUGUCACCAGUAUCACCUACAGUUGAGCUGACGCUUCAGAGCAUUAACUUGGGCCUAGAAGAUGAUGGUAUUGCAGAUGAAUCUGUGAAAGGGCUGGAAAAUCAGGUUUUGGAUAAGGAAGAGGAAAAGGCUUUAUGGGCUGCAAAUGAGAAUUCUGUUCAGAUGAUGAAAAGUGAGAUCAGUACAGAGGUAAAUGAGAAAACUGGGCGAUUACCCUGUCCUGUACCAACAAUAAUCAGUGCUAUCCUGACGGAUGAUAACCACAGUCUUACAUCUUUCCCGGAGUCAGCUGGACACAAUGUUUCCUGUGCACAGACAGAUAAUAAAGAAACCAUAUCUCAAACAGCUUCAGAGAAACUUCCUUGCAGAAUUUUAACCCAGAGAUCUGUGGCUUUGGGAGAAGAUAAAGAUGCCCUCCAGAAAUUGAAUGAAGCAGCCACCAAGCUUCAGGCCUGUUGGCGGGGCUUUUAUGCCAGGAAUUACAACCCUCAAGCCAAAGAUGUGCGUUAUGAAAUCCGCCUACGCAGAAUGCAGGAGCACAUUGUCUGCUUAACGGAGGAAAUAAGGAGAUUAAGAAAAGAAAGAGACGAAGAACGUAUUAAAAAAUUUGUACAUGAAGAGGCUGUCAGAUUUCUCUGGAACCAGGUAAGGUCUCUGCAAGCUUGGCAACAAACAGUGGACCAGCGUCUAUGUUCCUGGCAUACUGAUGUUCCUCCUGUGUCAAGUACUCUGGUGUCAUCUCAACCUACAUUAUUUGCCCAAAGUCAGGAGCCCUCUUCUGAUCAAAAUUCUGAUUGGCUCAUUGCUCCUGAUGAAGCUCCACAAGAGAAAACAUUACCAGAAUUUCCAGACUCUGGUUUUCAUUCCUCCCUAACAGAACAAGUUCACUGUUUGCAGGAUUCUUUGGAUUUUGAAAAAAAUUCCACAGAAGACAGUGAAAGCUCCAUAAUGGGGAAUUCUAUUAACACAGUCAAAUUUGGCAAAGGAUCAGAUUUAGGGGAUGAUAGUGAAGAACAUGGUGAAUGGAGCAAGGAAUGCUCCAAUAAUGAGCAGGAUAAUAGUCUGCUUGAACAGUAUUUAACUUCAGUUCAACAGCUAGAAGAUGCUGACGAGAGGACACAUUUUGAUGAAGGGAUGGGAGAUAGUGAGCCUCACAUAGCUCUUUCCCCGGAAAAGUUAGAUGUCUUGUCUGACCGUGCUUCUGCAGAGGAGACUCAUGGUGCAUCUCCUACUUUGCAAGAUGACAUCAGCCAGACACCAGAGAAUUGUAAAUUAAAUGCAGAAGUUCAAGGGCAGCAGCCAGAAUGUGAGUCUACAUUUCAGGUAUUGCAUGUUGGUAUUACCGUGUAGCGUGUCUGAUCUCUUGGGAAGCAGAAGGCCACUUAACUUUUCUUAAAAAUAUUUUCAGUUGCCUUUUUUUUGAAGGGGAGUACUCUCUACUCCCAAUUUGUUACUAUUUAUAUAGAAUUUGUAUUCUCGUCUCAUAUUCUCCAGAUUCUAGAUAUUAAACUGAGUCUUCAUUUUGAUUUUGCUAGUUUUUUACUUAGCUGCAAUGUACCAAAUUACUUAUAUUGAAAAUGAUGUGCACUUUAUUUCAUAACACCUGAAUUGCAUCAACAGUGUUCCUGUUUCUUUCAUGUACUCAUUUCCUUUCAAAAAUAAACUAGAAUAUAUUAAAGAAAAUAAAAUUUACCUUAGAGACAUAAA